AUGAAGAACCCUGAUAAUCCUAGGGCUUCACCACCACCGGACAACUGGAAUGAUCUGAAGAUGUUGGCCGAUGUUGCCGCUAGAGAGUACGAUGCUAGAACCACUAAAGAAGACAGUUCCAAGUCGCCUCCAUGUCCGAGAUUUUCUUACGGAGGAAGAAUCAAGAAUCAUAUACGAACAAUCGGUUUUGAAGAUUCGCAGAGAAGUUGGAACGAUGUGGUUGCCAAGAACACCUUUAAAGUCCACGGUGUGUUUCAUGUCUGGUCUUUUCGAUCCGGUAGAGGAAAGCUCUGUUUUGUUCUCGUCCCUCCUCCUCCCACCAGAAAUUCCGGUCAAGGUGGUGGCUCUACUUCCGGUGAGUCUGGCCAUGGAUGCUCUUCUCUUGCUUGA